CGACUUGGCCCACUGUGGUGUUCCGUACACCUCCGGAACGUAUAAAAAGCAGCGUCUAGAAGCCGCGGCACUUCAGUCUUUUGGAAAAUAUCACAAGGAUGGCUCUAGAACGUCAAGUGCGCGCUAAGAUUGCGUCAAAACGCAACCCCGAACAGGAGAGGGAGGCACAGGAAUGGAUCGAAUCAGUCCUUGGCAAGAAGUUUCCUCCUGGUGAGACCUUCGAAGAAGUGCUCAAGGACGGCCAAGUCCUAUGCCACGUCAUGAACAAACUCUCUCCUGGAUCCGUACCAAAGAUCAACACUUCUGGCGGACAGUUCAAGAUGAUGGAAAACAUCAAUCUGUUUCAAAAGGCACUAAAAGAAUACGGGGUGGACGACGUCGACGUUUUUCAGACCGUAGACUUAUGGGAGAAGAAAGAUAUAGCCCAAGUAGUAACGACAUUGUUCGCGCUCGGCCGAACGACAUACAAGCAUCCCGAAUGGAAAGGACCUUACCUAGGACCUAAGCCGGCAGAGGAGUGCAAACGUGAAUUUACGGAGGAACAAUUGAAAGCUGGCCAGACGAUGAUCGGCCUUCAAGCGGGUUCCAACAAGGGUGCGACCCAGGCUGGUCAAAGCAUCGGCGCCACUCGCAAAAUUCUGCUUGGAAAGUAAAUGUAAAAAACUCGGCAUACACCUGCUUGCGAAUCCUCUUUUCCAAUUGUUAGAGCAAAAAUGUCUCGUAUCUUUUUAUAUGUAUAAAUACAUAAAUACAUAUAUUAUAUAUUUUAUUUUACUUUUGUAAUUAAACGAUAAACGGGCUGCUAUUUAUUUCCCUUCAUUUUAAUUCUUAAUGAUAGCCAGUGUAUCUCACAGCGAGUUCUAAUCUUAUUAUAGCUAAUCAAAAGAUACAUCUCUGUCAAUUGUAAGCAUACGCGAUAAAUUAAUUUUUAUUAUUAUAAAAGAGAUAUCGUUAUUUAAUCAACUUUCUUAUCUUCGCGCUCCCCGAGAUUCUAGUCUCGAAAAAUGUACAGUGUCAAUGACAGGAAUCUGCGUUUCAAAGCGACAAAAUUCUUACUUAAUUAGUUAUUACUAAUUGUGCACUUUAAAGUAAUUGUUAUCUAAAUAAUUCCAAAAUAAAGUUAGUUUUAUCCAUCCGAAA